AUGGCCAAAAGAAAGGCCGAAAGGGAUGCUGAAGGAGAUAAAGCCAAGGAGAAGGGCAAGCCACAGAGAAGAUCCACAAGGUUAUCUGGUAAACCUGCUCCUCCAAAGCCAGAGCCCAAGCCUAAAAAGGCUGCUGCUAAGAAGGGAGAGAAGGUACCCAAGGGGAAGAAAGGGAAAGCUGAUGCUGGUAAGGAUGCGAAUAAUCCUGUGAAAAAUGGAGAUGCCGAAACAGACCAGGCACAGGAAACCGAAGGUGCUGGAGAUGUCAAGUGA